AUGGCACGCACCAAGUCCAAGUCCAAGACCAAGACGGCGCCGACCGAGCGCGCGGGGCCCUUCACGCCGCAAGAGGUGCUCUACGUCGAGCAAGUGGCCGAAGAUUUUCGACGUGGGCUCAUCGACGACGUGCCCCAUGGCACGCAUCUGCGCCAGUACCUUAGCAUGCUCUUGCGCUGCCAGCCCAUGCGCCUCAGCAAGCGCUUCAUCAUGUCGUCCAACACGCUCGGUCUUUGCAUCUACAACGACGCCUGGUACGACGGCACGACUGACAAGGCGGUCGCCGCCGCGCGCCGCGAGGCGCUGCGCAUCGAUUUCGAGCAGUCCGUGCUCGCCUCCGCGCCGUACGUACCCACCAAGAAGGCCAAGCCUUCCAAGGCGCCCGAGCGGACGCUGCCGGCGCGGCAGAAGAAGCGCAAGGCCAUCGUCGUCUCGUACCCCGAGAACGAGUUCGACCUCGGCGACCACAUUGGCCGCAUGAGCAUCCACCGGCUACUCGCGUCGACGACCAAGAAGAAGCGCCGCGUCUCGACUCAAGAAGCCAUGCACCUGAUGUCGUUCGCCCGCCGUCUGCGCGACAAGGUGGCGGCCGAGCCACCGGUCGUCGUCUUUGAGCCGCCAACGACACAGCGCCGCACGCGGUCGCGGGCAAAGGUCGAAGUGGAAAAGACCAAGCGCAAGCGAUCGCACACCAAGCGCCGCACCUCGCGACCGUGGGACUCGUCGUCGGCGUCGUCGGCGGACGAGGCGGAGACAGCAGUCGCACGCCCGUGGGAAGCACCCUACCGGGACCUCAAGGCGCUCGAGUUCUCGUUUCGAAAGCGCACGCGCUCCGCCGUAUCGUACAACGAGGCUGGCGACGAUGACGACGACGGCGACGAGCCAGUUGCACCCCAGGCGCCAGCGAUGCAAAUGGCGGCGAUCUAUCGGCUGCACAAGGCACUGGCGCCAACGUGGUCGAACGCGUCGCAUACCGACGACGAGCUCAUGGAAGACGGCGAGUCGCCUCUCGUCGCCGCCGCCGACGGUGUAAUGGCGACACCGGUCGGCGCACCCACCACCAUCACCAACGACGACGACGAGGUUGUGGCCAACACCGACGACGACGCCGUCGACGACGAGUCGCAAGAGGGGCUGACGGACGAUGACGAGCCGGCGUUUGCGGCAUUUGCACCAAGCGCAUCGGAUGCAUACUUGGCACUCGAGACGGUCGACUUGGAUUCGUUCGAAGCGAUGGACUUUGAGCACAAUUUGUUUGAAAAAGUCACCAAAAUCGACGUCGACAUCUCGACCACCAUGGACGCGUUCGAGAUGGACAUCCUCACCGACUUGAGCUCCGACUUGGUCGAGCUCGAGGCGCCGAGCGUCGUCGCAUGGACCCUAUAG